CCUGUCACCCGUGGCUCAGCCCCCCCGUUCCGUGCUCUGCCCACGCACUGGGCCAGGUUCCUCACGGUCCCCUGUCCUGCUUUUCCAGGGUUUUGGAAGCGGUGCUGUCACGAUGCUGGGGCCAGAGCACACGGAGUGAGGCUGAGUCAGAGCCAGAAGGGCCAAACACGAAUUCGUGCACCUCCCAACUUGCUUUGAAUGAAGGGAACAGCCUGCCUUAUCUGUCCUGCACACCUGAGCACUGAUCAGAGACACCCAGUCACAGGAGGAGCAGGAUCUGUGCUGGGACAGGCUGGGCAGGAGAAACAUCUCCAGCUGCUUUUGUGGUCUCUAAAGCUACAGUGUUCCUGGCUGCCCCUCUUCUCCCCAGGAUGCUGGGGAGGGUGCUGUGCACGGUGUUGUUCGUGGGAGCCCUGCCAUCCGCAGCUGCAGCAUCCCAGGGCCACAUCUCCGUGGUCCUGCUGGGAGCCACGGGCGACCUGGCCAAGAAGUAUUUGUGGCAGGGUCUAUUCCAGCUCUACAUGGACCAAGUGAGCAGUGGCCACAGCUUCACAUUCCACGGGGCUGCCCUGGCAGCUCCGGAGCCGGGGCAGAGGCUGAUGUUCGACGUGCUGAAGAAGCUGUCCUGCCCCCCGGACCAGGCUCCCGACCGGUGUGCCGUGCUCAAGGACCAGUUCCUGAAGCUGAGCCAGUACCACCAGCUGAAGACCGCCGAGAACUACGCAGCCCUGAGCAGAGAGAUCGAGAGCCUGCUUCGCCAGGAGGGGCUGCAGGAGGCUGGCAGGAUCUUCUACUUCUCCGUGCCCCCGUUUGCCUACACGGAGAUCGCGGGGCACAUCAACGGCAGCUGCCGGCCGCGCGCCGGGGCCUGGCUGCGCGUGGUGCUGGAGAAGCCCUUCGGCCACGACCUGCGGUCGGCCCAGCAGCUGGCUGCACAGCUGGCAGGCUUCUUCAGGGAGGAGGAGAUGUACCGUGUGGACCAUUACCUGGGCAAGCAGGCUGUGGCCCACAUCCUGCCCUUUCGGGAUCAGAACCGACGGUUUCUGGACCCAAUUUGGAACCGACAUCAUGUGGAAAGAGUGGAGGUUGUCUUGAAGGAGACUGUGGAUGCUAAAGGCCGCACCAGCUUCUACGAGCAGUACGGGGUGAUCCGGGACGUGCUGCAGAACCACCUCACCGAGGCCCUGAUGUUCCUCGUCAUGGAGCUCCCUGCCAACGUCAGCAGCGCCCAGGAGGUGGUGCAGCACAAGCUGCAGGCCUUCCAGUCCCUGUGGGGGCUGCAGAGGGGCAGCGCCGUGCUGGGGCAGUACCAGGCCUACGACAGCCAGGUGCAGGAGGAGCUGCCCGAGGCGCGGGGCUACGUCAGCACCACACCAACCUUUGCAGGAGUGCUGAUCCACAGCCACAGCCCGCGCUGGGAAGGGGUCCCGUUCCUCCUCACCUCCGGGAAGGCUCUGGAUGAGCGGGUGGGCUACGCCCGCGUCCUCUUCAGGAGCAGGGCCUACUGCCCUCAGAGCGGCACUCUGAGGGAUGCAGGGCUCAGCCAGUGUAAACCCAAGCAGAUCAUCUUCUACUUCGGGCACGGCGCUCUCAACACCCCUGCUGUGCUGGUGAGCAGGAACCUCUUCCAGCCUGCCAUGCCCAAAGACAGCUGGAAAGAAGCGGGGGCUCGGUCAGACCUGCACGUCUUCGGACAGCCACUGUCUGAUUUCUACGUGUACAGCCCUGUGAAGGAGAGGGAUGCCUAUUCCGUCCUCAUCUCCCACAUCUACCACGGCAGGAAGGAUUUCUUCAUCACCACGGAGAGCCUGCUGGCCUCCUGGGCCUUCUGGACCCCUCUGCUGGACAGCACCUCCCGCCAGCCCCCGCGCCUCUACCCCGGGGGCGUGGAGAACCAGCAGCUGCUGGACUUCGAGAUGGUGCCCGGGGGAGUGGCGUUCACCCUGCCAGAGCCAGCAGAGCUGCUGAACCCCAGCGGGCAGCUGCCAAGUGACUUCAGGGCCAUCCAGUCCAAAUUCCGGCAGAGCCCGCUGGUCUCGGCCUGGGCCGAGGAGCUGAUCGCCCAGCUGGCCUCCGACAUGGAGGAGGCGGCCGUGAGGAGCGUGGCCCGCUCGGGGCAGUUCCACCUGGCCCUGUCGGGCGGCUCCAGCCCCGUGGGGCUGUUCCAGAGGCUGGCCAGGCACCACUACAGCUUCCCCUGGCAGCACAGCCACGUGUGGCUGGUGGACGAGCGCUGCGUGCCCCUGACCGACGGCGAGUCCAACUUCCUGGGCCUGCACCGGCACCUCCUGCAGCACGUCAGGGUGCCCUACUUCAACAUCCACCCCAUGCCCGUGCACCUCAACCGGCGCCUCUGCGUGGAGGAGGACGGCGGCGCCGAGCUCUACGCCAAGGACAUCGUGGCCCUGGUGGCCAACGCCAGCUUCGACCUGGUGCUGCUGGGCGUGGGCGCGGACGGGCACACGGCCUCGCUCUUCCCCCGCUCCGAAAGCGGCCUGGAAGGGGCUCCCACCGUGGUGCUGACCGAGAGCCCCGUCAAGCCUCACCAGAGGAUGAGCCUCAGCCUGCCCCUCAUCAACAGGGCCCGGCGGGUGUUCGUGCUGGUCCUGGGCAAGGGCAAGCACGACAUCACCACGCUGCUCAGCAGGGUGGGCCGCGAGCCCCGCAAGUGGCCGAUCUCGGGCGUCAGCCCCAGCUCUGGCCAGCUGGUCUGGUACGUGGAUUACGAAGCUCUGCUGGGGUGAUGCCUGGCGGCGUCCCUCCCGCCUCGUCCGCGUGGCCUGGCUUGUCCUGCACCGUGUCCUCGUUGCCAGCAGCAGCCUCACCCCUGACCCUCCCUUCGGGGACAUGCACGGCCUGCGGCAGCGCUGGGCUGGAGCCUGGGGGAGCCGGGCUCAGGGGGCAGAGCUCAGGAGGAGCCAGAGCCCAGUGCAGCCUCUCUGGCUCUGCUCCGGGCCCUCACUGGGACUUUGGACAAAUUGCUUCACCUUGAAGUGCCUCAGUUCUCCUGUCAGGCCUUACUGGCAUGUCACUACCUCACAGGCGCUUCGGGGGGCUUGUUAAAUCAACUGCCUGCCAAAUUCUUUCUAAUUUUAUGUAAUUCUCAGGCUAAAAGACAACAGUACCACAUUCGUCCCUGCCCUGCUCAGCCUGGCUGGGCCAGAGUUGUUGUGUCAGGGCAGUGAUGGUGGUGUGCACGUGGAUGUGUAACCCUGGGUGUUUUGGGGCUCUGAAAAUAAGGGGGGC